GUAAACUUAACAAUUUAUGUAUCACGCACUGAGUGACAUGAAUGAUAUCAUUGCCUACACAAACUAUCACAAAUUAGGCCUCUGUGUGUAGAAUCAAAAGCAGAAAUUACUAUAUAUAGUUUCCAUGAUCUGUCAGUAUCUGACAAGAAAAACAUCUAGGUUCAUUAACCAGUUAGAAAACUUUGACCUGCAAUUUUCUGUCAAUCACAAAAGCAGUAGAAACCUAAAAGAAUAUGAACACUCCUUUCAAAGAUUGAUCAACCUACUUUUGCUUGCUUCCAUCCAUUCUGUAGUGGAAGCAUAUAUUUUGUUUUUAUUUUUUCCCCCCUUUUAUGAUCAUGGAAGAAAAGUACUCAUUUAACUUUGAAACACAUGUUAGAAUGGAUGGCCAUAGCGAGGAGUCUAUGAUGAGAAGCAUGCCAUACAGAGUUGGUGUUCCACCAAAGCAGAAGUUCUGGAGCGAAUUCUGUAGCACGUUGAAGGAGACUUUCUUCUCCGAUGAUCCUCUCCACCCCUUCAAGGACCAGUCGAGGUCUAGGAAGUUCGUUCUUGGAAUGCAGGCCGUCUUCCCCAUUCUUGAAUGGGGCAAAAGAUACAAUCUUGCCAACUUUAAAGGAGACCUCAUUGCAGGACUCACCAUUGCCAGCCUCUGCAUACCUCAGGACAUUGGCUACUCCAAGCUUGCAAAUUUGUCUCCACAGUAUGGUUUAUAUUCGAGCUUUGUCCCGCCUUUGGUGUAUGCAUUGAUGGGGAGCUCGAGAGACAUAGCCAUAGGGCCGGUUGCUGUUGUAUCCCUCCUGCUGGGAACUUUGCUACAAAACGAAAUUGAUCCUAUAAAACAUCCUUUGGAGUAUCGGAGGCUCGCCUUCACUGCAACCUUCUUUGCUGGGAUAACACAAGCAACACUUGGCAUUCUUAGAUUGGGGUUCUUGAUUGAUUUCCUGUCUCAUGCUGCCGUUGUUGGCUUCAUGGGCGGCGCUGCCAUAACCAUUGCACUCCAGCAGCUCAAGGGGUUCUUAGGAAUCAAGAAUUUCACUAAGAAGGCUGAUCUCAUCUCUGUGAUGCAGUCGGUCUUCAGCUCCGCUCACCAUGGAUGGAACUGGCCUACAAUAGCAAUUGGAGCAGCAUUUCUGGUGUUUCUUCUUGUAGCCAAGUACAUUGGGAAAACGAAGAAGAAACUAUUUUGGGUACCUGCGAUUGCUCCACUUGUAUCGGUCGUUCUGUCCACCUUCUUCGUCUACAUCACUCACGCAGAGAAGAAAGGAGUGCAGAUUGUGAAACACAUAGAGAAAGGCAUCAAUCCAGCAUCAGUAGGUGAAAUCUAUUUCACGGGUGAUUACCUCUUGAAAGGCGUUAGGAUCGGCUUAGUUGCUGGAAUCAUUGCACUCACUGAAGCAGUUGCAAUUGGAAGAACAUUUGCUGCCAUGAAGGACUAUCAAAUAGAUGGGAACAAAGAAAUGGUGGCUCUUGGAGCAAUGAAUGUUGCUGGCUCAAUGACGUCUUGCUACGUCGCUACAGGCUCCUUCUCACGCUCUGCUGUGAACUACAUGGCCGGCUGCCAAACGGCCGUUUCAAACAUCGUGAUGUCCGUUGUCGUGUUCAUGACGCUGCAGUUCAUGACCCCUCUCUUCGAGCACACCCCAAACGCAAUCCUCUCCUCCAUCAUCAUCUCAGCUGUCAUCGGCCUGAUUGACUACGAGGCAGCACUUCUCAUAUGGAAGAUUGACAAGUUCGAUUUCAUCGCCUGCAUGGGAGCCUUCUUCGGUGUGGUUUUCGCCUCAGUUGAGAUUGGCCUCUUGAUUGCUGUCUCAAUAUCAUUUGCUAAAUUACUAUUACAAGUAACAAGGCCUAGAACAGCCAUUCUUGGAAAAAUUCCGAGAACAAAUGUUUAUAGAAAUAUUCAACAAUAUCCAGAGGCAAGCAAGGUUCCAGGAGUUCUGAUUGUAAGAGUGGAUUCUGCCAUUUGUUUCUCAAAUUCUAACUACAUUAAAGAAAGGAUACUGAGGUGGCUAACCGCGGAGGAAGAGCAACUGCAAGCUACUGGCCUUCCCAAAAUACAGUUUCUUAUCAUUGAAAUGUCACCCGUCACGGACAUCGACACGAGCGGCAUCCACGCGUUGGAGGAGCUGCUGAGGAGCCUGCAGAAGAGAGACGUUGAGCUGGUUCUGGCGAAUCCUGGGCCCGUCGUGAUCGACAAGGUGCACGCGUCGAAUCUUGCGAGUAUGAUCGGAGAAGACAAGAUUUUUCUUACAGUGGCAGAUGCCAUUCAAACAUGCUCACCAAAAUUUGCUGAAGAUGUUUGAGAAUGAAGCUUCUAUUUUUUUCAGCAGAGGGUGAGAAAUGAUUGUGCUUAGAUAGUUACAUGAGAAGUUGAAAGAAUAUUUGGUAGUGGAAUCCUUCUCAGAAACUGAUCAUCCAAAUCCAAAUGCCGGAGCCCACGAGGAAGUGGAGAGAUAAAAGUUUUUUGCUUUUGUAGAUAGGUUUGAAUUAUGAAGAAAUGUGAGAGAUUUUUUUUCACCUAUUAUAGUGAUAGAAAUAUGCUUUACCUAAAAAUAAAAAAUUAGAUACCAAUCUUGUGUU